AUGCAAGUGGAUGCACACAGCUACAUUCGUACGCAAACGGUUCAAGGAACUGCCCAAUACAUUUGCCCAGAGUACCACCACGAAGGCAAAGUCUCGAUCAAAACGGACGUCUACUCGUACGGCAUGAUUCUUCUCGAGCUCGUUACUGGACAGCCGCCCAGCAUCAACCUGAUGGCUAACGUUCGACGGGAGCUGAAAAAGAGCCGCAAAAUCGAUGCAGUGCUUGACAAGGCCAUCGAUUGGAGCAUUCCAGAGAAGGAGUCGGCACAUGCCAUGGCGACGGAUCUUGCGCCUGAUUGUCUCGAAACUGCACGAAUUGACCGACCAUCGUUUGGCGAAAUUCUGAGGCGACUGUCGGGGGAAGAAGCUACUGGAACAAACGAGGAGGAAACCAUUGAAGGCAGUGAUCGUGAGUGCUUGGUCUGUUUCAGCGCCCCGACGAACGCCAAGCUGAUGCCGUGCUACCACGCAUGUGUCUGUGUUGCGUGUGCUCAAUGGAUGAUCCAACGUCGAGACAAGUGCAUGAUUUGCCGAGUCCUUCCGAGUUCGUUUCAAGAAGGCACGUACAACCAGACUUUUGUUCAGUGA